UAUUUGUGAAUACUAGUGUUCAUGUGCUUAUUUCUUAAAGAAGUGUACAAAGAUUUCGCGGAUUAAAUAAUUUUGUUCAAAAGACUUGAACUCCAACCAAUUAUUUUUAAUCUGCUAUGCAGUGACACGACAUGAUGUUGUCAAUUGUCAAUGUCAUUUGUCAUGCUUUGAAAUGUCAAGUUACGAGUUUACAACAAUAGUUUAUACGGAAAAAUUUUGUUAUACUGUGAGAUUCACAUGAAGAAAUCUUGGGGUUUUGUGUGUUUUAGAAAUGGGUGAACCGUAUGUUCCGUUUUACGUUGAUCGCGCAAAGGGUGGUCGGGCGUCGUGCAAAUCCUGCAAGAGUAACUGCCCAAACGGUGAAUUACGCAUUGCUAAAUUAGUACCUAGUCCUUAUAAUGAAAAUCAACCGAUGAAGUCAUGGUAUCAUGUUGAUUGUUUUAUGAAUAUACUUUUAAAGCAACGACCUGCAACAAAGCGGAUUGACUCGAUAGACGAUAUUGGAAACUGGCAGAAUUUGUCUGAAGGAGAUCAAAAUACUGUAUUAAAAAAAAUAAACGAGACUGAAAAACUUUUCGCUGAAAAACAUGACGGGAAAUAUAUUGCGAAAGUGAUAAAAAAUGAGUCAAAACCCGUUAUCAAAUCAACUAGUGAUGCAUUUGAGCAAGGUAACUUCAAUAAAAGUGGCUGUAUACAGAAUAUUCAAGAUAAUAAGUUUUCGGAAUUCGUAAAAUUAUGCAAGGGAAUAUCCAAAGUAGAUGCAUAUACUGAGAAAACAGCAGUUGUGAACAGGUUUUUUACAAGAGGUUGUGAUGGUGACCAUUUUAAAGGGGAUUUGGCUCUAUGGUGUAAGUUGUUACUUCCUCAAGUGUGUAAAAGGGUUUACAAUCUUAAAAGUAAACAACUAGUUAAGUUAUUUUCACGAAUAUUUUGUAUGGAUCAUGAUGAUAUGUUGACACAUUUGGAACAAGGAGAUGUGGCAAUUACAAUUCAAAGCUUUUUUUCCAAAUCUAAAGUUAUACAACCGGCCAGUGAGAGUACACUUACUGUACAGGAGGUGGAAGAAUUCCUUGAAGAUCUUUCAAAGUUGACAAGAGAAGAUGAACAAAUAUAUCAAUUUAAAAAGAUUGUAAAGAAAUGUGACCUAGAUGAUAUGACAAUGUUAAUCCGUUUAAUCAAAGGUGAUUUAAGAAUAAAUGCCGGACCAAAACAUAUUCUAGAAGGUGUACAUCCUGACGCAUACCAAGUGUUUCAAACAUCAAGAGAUUUAGACAUGGUUUUAGACCGUGUUCUGUCUCAAAAUGAUAAAAUAAAACAUAAAGAUGCUAUACAGAAAUCUAUGCAAGUGACACUAGUUCUUAUGACACCUGUUUUGCCUAUGUUAGCUGAAGCAUGUAAAUCUAUAGAAAUGGCUAUGAAGAAAUGUCCAAACGGAAUGUUCUCGGAAAUAAAAUAUGAUGGUGAAAGAGUUCAAGUUCAUAAAAAAGGUUCUGAAUUUAAAUAUUUUUCUCGAGCUCUUAAGGCUGUAAUGGCACAUAAAGUAAAUCAUUUAAAAGAAUAUUUGCCGAAGGCAUUUCCUAAAGGUACCGAUUUGGUACUAGAUGCAGAAAUUUUACUGGUUGAUGUGAAAACUGGGAAACCUUUACCAUUUGGUACAUUAGGUAUACACAAACAGUCUGCAUUCAAAGAUGCUGAAGUAUGUCUAUACGUUUUUGAUUGUCUUUAUUACAAUGGAGAUAUUCUAAUGGAUUUACCAAUUGUAAAAAGAAGACAAAUUCUUCUCGAAAACAUGGUCGAAGUGAAAAAUCAUGUAAUGUUUUCAGAGCAGGAAUUAAUUAAAAAACCAGCAGAUUUAGCUAAAAUGAUUGCAAAAGUUCUACAAUUGGGUUUAGAAGGUCUUGUUUUAAAGGACUUGGAAUCAACCUAUGAGCCAGGCAAAAGACAUUGGCUAAAAGUAAAGAAGGAUUAUUUGUUUGAUGGAGCAAUGGCUGACACUGCAGAUUUGGUUGUACUUGGAGCUUGGUUUGGUACUGGUAAAAAAGGUGGAAUGAUGUCAGUUUUCCUAAUGGGUUGUUUAGAUAAUCGAAGAAAUCGUUGGGUGACCGUUACUAAAGUUCAUACAGGACACGAUGAUCCCACAUUAGAGAGAUUACAAAAAGAACUUGCCCCGUUAAUGGUGAAAAUAUCACAGGAAUACACAAAACUUCCCACUUGGUUGGAUUGUAACAAAGGGAUGGUACCUGAUUUUGUCGCUAAAGACCCAAAAAACCAACCUGUUUGGGAAAUAACUGGUACAGAAUUCACUAAAGCAAACCUUCACACAGCUGAUGGCAUUUCAGUAAGAUUUCCAAGAGUGACGAGAAUAAGAGACGACAAAGAUUGGAAAACAGCUAUCAAUUUAGACGAGUUAAAUCAACUUUAUAAAACAUCUAAAGAAAAAACAGAUGUAUCAUUAUUAAAUAAAUUAGCCGAAACAGCGAAUGACGAUGAACCUCCUGUGAAGAAAUUUAAAAUCAGCCCUUCAAAGGUAUCACCAGGAACUAAAGAAAAGAAACAUUUAAAUGGUGUUACAAAAAUAGAUAAAUUCCUAACCAAUAAAGGUUCACCGAAGAAACGGAAAUCGAAUAAUUUAGAUUCAACAGAAAGCAGUGAUACUUUACAUGAUACUGAAUCAAUUGAUAUUAAAUUUCAAUUAUUACCAAAUAAUCCCUUACCGGAUGCAUUUUUGGAUAAAAAAAUCGGUUUUUAUCCAGAUUUUAUAAGUAUACCUGAAGAUGAGAGGAGAUUUUUCGAAAGGCAUUGGAUUGCUUACGGAGGGGAGGUUGUUAAAGCAAUAAAAUCACCGAACGUCGAUUAUCUUGUACAUAAUGAUGAUAUUAUUGAAUUUAGUAAAAUGCAAAAAUUAAAACAUAAAUGCCCGCCAGAUGUGAGACAUGUUACUAAAAAUUGGUUAAAAAGUUGUAUUAAUAAUAUUAAAUUAUGUGACAGUAAAUAUUACCCUGUGAUUGUUCUCCCUUAAUUAUGAAAUUAAAUUUUUGCACUAUAAUUUAUGUUCAUAGUAAUUCAAAGUGAUUCAAACAUUUAGAGGAGUCAUAGUUAACUUCACUUGAGACAUUUUAAAUUAUCUUCACUAACACUAUCUAUUGAUAGUCUCAAAACAUCAUGCCAAAGGAAUUAAAUGUAUUUAAAAUAAAUUUCAAUAGAUGUCAAUAAAUAAUAUUUAAAUGUC